UCAUAAAAAUUUCAAUGGUACAAUAAAUCAACUAUAUAAUUAUCUACUUAAUUAUUUUAAUAAAUUGUCUUGAGGGCCGAUUGAAUCGAAAAAACCAAAGGGUGGUUCUUUUUUAAACAACCCAAUGUCUACUUACACUGCAUUUGCAUAUAAAAUUACUUAAAAACCCUUUUAUCUUUUUACUUUUUCCUUUUGAAAUUUUAAACUUUUUUUUUUUUGGGUUGUGUUUUCGCCCUCUCUCUCUCUGUGUGCAAAAGUCUUAACUUCGUCUUAGGCCAUUGAUAAUUGGUGAAAUCUCUUUGCUGUGUCUUCAAAUAUAGUGGAUGGAUGGGCGCUACGGGUAAGAAAAGUUAAAUCCUAGGAUACGAUAGAAUGAUAUUUAAAAAUAAAAAUAAAAAAAGGACAAAGGUUAUUUUAGGAAUUUUGUAUAUUAGUGCAGUGAGAGAAGAAAUUUAGUUGUACAAAAAAACAAGAAGGAAGAAAAGAAAAUGCGCAGUGCCAGCUCAAGUGGCAGAGCACGUCACAACCCACAUUGUGGUGUGACGUUCGAGUCCGUGGAAGGGGAGGGAUGCUGGGGGAAUAGCCACACCAGCAAAAAAAAUAUAAAUAAAUGAAUAAAAGAAAAAAAAAUUCCCCUCAAACACCAAACCUAGUAAAUAGGCAAGGCCCAUCCAUGCCAGAUUUAUUUUUUUAUUUUUUGCUGUAUAAUCAGUUUCAAAAUUUCCAUAUCAUGCACCACCAAAACGUGGUAAGUGCCAAAAAAAAGGCCCAUUAUAAAGUAAGCCUGAAUGCUUAAUAUGGAGAAGUCAUAGGAGAUUUGGAGUAGAGUUACAUGGAUGGAAAUUUUUUUAAUAUCUGCAUGAACAGCGGAAAAAAAAAAAAAACCGAAAAAUAUCUCCAAAAAAUCAAUUAUAAUAUAUAUGUAAACAUUGAGAGAGCAUAUAAGCUUCUAUAACAAAUAUAAUAUUAGAGAAGAAAAUUUUCUAGUUUAAAUGUGAAACGCUGGCUAUAUAAUGAAAAUAAAAAAUAUAUUUGUUAGUAUCACAAGCAUCUCCCGAUAGACACAUACAUACUUGGUUGAGUUGGUAUAUUUUCACAUUUAUUUAUUAAAAGUUAAGAUUUUAGAACAUUGACAAACAGAGAAUUAUUACAAAAUAAUAAUAUAUACGUAUUGCAUCCUCUUAACAUAUUAUUGGUUAAAGCAAUGCUACAGUAUCAUAUAGUCUAUCAAAUUAUUUUUCAAUAUACAUGUAUCAUUAUUAAUAUAAUUUAAAUGUAGGAUAAAUAUAAUUGAUAUAAACCAAUUAAAUAAUAUUAAAUGUACACUUAAUAAAUAAGUUUGUAAAUUUAAUCGUGCCUCUAAUGUUAUUCAAUGUACUUGUCUUAUAAAUAUUUUAAAAAUUAACUAAAAUUCUAUACUUAGUGUGUGAGACACAUCUAUAUUAAUCUUUUUAUGUAAACAUUUUUGUUUGGAAAAAUCUUUUUAUAUAGCCUUGUGGAACUCACUUGUCAAUACAAUUCUUUCUUUACGUAACAAAGAUAUUAUAGUAAAAACAAUCUUUCUAACAUGUCUAUAAUAAUUAAAUCAAUAAUUACAUUAUUUUAAAUCAAAUAUUAAUUUAACAAUUCAACCAAACAUAAUUUUACGAUCGUAAUUUAGUAGGACAACUUACCCAGACUCUCUUUUGAUUUCUAUCCUCAGCCAGCUAUUUCCCUUCCCAAUAGUCUACAUAUAGAAACCCCGUACCCAACUCCGUAGCCAAAACACACUCUCUCUUUUUCAUUCAUCACCUGCUCUCUGCUUCUCCAGCUGAGCAAGAGCAUAUAUAAAUACAUAUAUAUAUAUAUAUAUAUAUAUAUAUACAUGGCGACCUUCUCAUUCUUAUACUACAUUUUAUUGUUGCUCAUCUCACUGCUGCUCGUUUCCAUUGCAGAAGCUGGUACGAAAGUGGUUGAUUAUGAGCUCCUCAAAUCUAAGAACAUCGACGGUGUCAAGCUCAUCGAGAAUUCCAUCGCCGCGAAGCCGGAUGCGGACCAGAGGCCCAGAGUUGGUGUGUGGCAAAGGCCCAUGAAGGGAAAGCGAUGCUUCAGAAAGUGCUGGACUAUGUUGGUGGAGCAGGGGCUGACUGUGCCCCAUUUCUUAAAUCUAGUGUCUGUUAUGAGCCCAAUACCCUGCUGGCCCACACUUCGUAUGCUGUCAACAGCUAUUAUAAAAGGCAAGGUCAAGCAAGUGGCUCUUGUGAUUUUAAUGGUCCUGCUCAUAUGGUCACCAAACGACCUAAGUUCGGAAACUGCGAGUUCCCCUAGCGAGUAAAGGGAAUAGAGGAUUAGCUGGUGGGUUACUUUUGUGCUAGCCAUUAAAGAUAAUUGGUGACUACAAUUAUGCAUUCUACUUAAUAUUAAUUAAUUGUGAUAUUGAAAAUGGGUGUGGUUGUUAUGUCCUUUAAUUGCUGUUAGUUUGUCUGUAAUAGUAUCUGCAAAAAUUAAAGUUGGAGCUUACAGAAUGAUGGAAAGCUUUCUCCAUUUCAACUUGCAAGGAAAUAAAAAUAUGGAUUGA